AUCCAUCUGCCGAAUCUGAUGCUGGACAAGUGUACGAGAUACGAAUACAGGGAGCCACAAUUUCACGGCUGAGCGAGAAUAAACUUUACAAGGGUCAACAGUCGCUGCCCAGAAAGGUUCGAAUGGGCCGAGGCUGUGAGGAGAUUCAGCUCUACAGCACCUGGCAGCACCGACCCCAGGCGGCGCUGGCAGGACCACAGCUGACGGCUGUGUUCGUCGUGGCCUGCCUGCUGGGCAUUGUGGGCGUGGCGGCCAGCGGUCUGAUCUGGAGACGGCGCCAGCGUCGUCCUCCGACCAAGGUGGUCGACAAGACUGGUUCGGCCUCUGGCGGCGUGCUCUCUGGCUGGGCGGCACCCUCGCACGAGGCCGUACCCGCCCACCUGUUUGGUCAGCACGUUCACCAGUUGAGGGCCGAGUCUGCCGACGGCUACCGACGAGAGUGGGAGACCCUGCAGAUGGCAGCGCCCCUGACGGACGGUCCGCGAACUAACGGCACCAACAAGAGUGCGGCGGGCGCCGGCCCCGACGCGCACUCAGAUAAAUACCAGCUGACCCGUGUAGCGGUCAGCUCACGGCUGUACCGCAGCCGCGCUGUGCCGGCCGCCUAUUAUGUGGACGGUUACCAGAAGGCACGUGCCUUUAUCGUGACUGAGAGACCAGCAGCGGGCGCCGCCGAUGUCCUGUGGCGAAUCGCCUGGGAACAGGGAGUCACGGGCAUGGUUAUCAUCGGCACACUUGAGAAGGCAGCUCGCCUGUGGCCGGACUGGGGCGCGUGCCGGCCUUUCGGCGACCUCCAGCUCGAGCUGCGAGAGGAGCUGCAGCUGGCUGCCUGCUGUGUCCGCCAGCUCGCCGUCUCAAAGCUCAAGGGUAAAUCGGGCGGCGGCGGUCGUCAGGAACGGCUGGUGACGGUGUUCCAGUACACCCACUGGCCGGAGUACGGUCUGCCUGAGGACACCCUGCCGCUACUGGACUUUGCGCAGCGCGCUCUGAGGCAUGAGCCGCCCAUCAAGAGUCCGCUCAUGCUCAUAUCCGGCAGGUCGUUCUGUGGAGCCGGUCUAUACCUGGGACUGGUGACACUGCUCACCCAGCUGAACUACCGUGGUGAGCUGGGUGUUUUCUCCUACUGGCAGCACAUUAUCGGCCAGUGUCCGAGCCUGCUGCCGACGGUGGAGGAGUACUCACUGCUGCACGACUGCCUGCUGGAGCGGGUGACGGCAGGGGAGACUCUGGUGACCCGCGACGGCGCCCGACGCUACAUCGAACACCUGGAGGCCACCGCCGACGGCUUCCCCUACCCGCCCGCAGAGAAACAGUACAAGCAAGCUAUCGCGAUGGACGCUAACCUUUACCUGGUAGCGGCGGCCGCCAAGCCGUGUAACGAGCCGAAAAACCGCAGCAUCAGCUAUCUACCGAUGGAGACGUCCCGUGUUCGGCUGAAGAAGACCGCAGCGACCGACGGCGGAGACUACAUCAACGCUUCGUGGCUACCCGGGUACCGACUGAUGCAGGAGUACAUCCUUACCCAGCACCCAUUGGCCAGCACGGUGCUGGACUUUUGGCAGAUGUUGUGGGACUACCGGGUCACUACGGUCACCUGCCUGUCACCGGAGGAUUUCGGCACCUUCUGGCCCCUGGAGGAGGAGGAGCUAACUGGAGCCAACUUUGUGGUUCGGUACAUGUCGGAGAGCGCCGACUGCAGCGACACCUACAAAUCAUCGUGGAUCAUCCGAUCCUUCCUCAUGGAGUCGACAGAGGGCGACGACGACCUCACAGUACGGAUAGUGCAUCUGCCGCUCUGGCCAGAGGAGUGCUCCACAGACGCGAUACUGGAGGGAGUGCUGGGUGUCACUGAGAUCCAGGGACAGCGGCACACCCCGCUGGUUGUCAUGGAUAGGUACGGCGGCACCGAGGGUGCCAGUUUCUGCGUGCUCAGCACCGCCCUGAGGCAGCUGCGGCAGGAGGGCUCCUUCGACAUCUUCACGUACGCCAAGCUCUACCACCAGCGGAGGCCGGGCAUCUGGAAAACCAUGCGGGAGUUUCUGUACCUGUACCACGCCGUGGAGGCGUGGCUGUCGGUGCGUCGCUCUACCGCCCUCUACCGUAGCGACUCGUGCACCAGUAUCUGUCAGAACCGCAGCGAACUGGAGGUCAAACUGAGCGGCGUCGAUGGCGUCAUAGUGUGAGACGGGCUCGGCCAAUCAGCGCCCGAGAUAGGCUCAUAGCUGCCGCGGGCAGCCAAUCACAGGGUGACGGCUCAGCGGGCAGCCAAUCGCUGACGGCGAAAUCCAUAGGUGACCAAUCAGAAACGACUCAAUCAGCGAACAACCAAUCACAUACCGUGAUUGUGCUGUAAUAAUGUGAUUGGGCACGAAGACCGGCGAUCGCACAUAUUCAGCGUUUAGUCACAGGACAGAGAUUCCCGGCGAAGCUGAUUAGGUCUGCCGGGUGCAGGGCCCGGUGAAUCGCAUUGACUACGGGAACAGACUCGCCAAGUGUUUUAGGUGACCAAUCCCAGAAGUGUUUAUACGAUAUACGGUGCGUUGUGCUACUUGAGCUUAUAGUGAACUUGAACCGGAGCCAUACGAGGGCUAGUGGCGGCCCCAGGGUAUGUAAAUCCGAUGAGUAGGGUGGUGAAAAUUGAACCUACCGGGUGAUGUGGCAUUAUACGGUGAAUGGGUUUUGGAGGUGAGACAUCAUAUCAGUUUUGUGUGCUGUAACCCAUCAUAUCAUUUAUAUGAUGUAGUAACGAGUACAUCUACUCCAUGAUCUCAAAUAUAAAGAAGCAUUCCCAUUUUUCCUUUGGGUACUUUAUCCCGUUGUCGUGAAUGUGGUUUUGUAUCGUAAUUCAUAAGUCAUAUGGAGGAAACUUCUUAUGUAGGUUCGAUAAACGUUUGUGUAUUCUAUUUGUUCCGAUGGAAACUUGGUUGGUUCAUGAUAAAAGGAAUAGGUUGUUUCAACUUAAACGUGAGCGACUCAUUGCCCCUGACUAAAACAUUUAUAUGUGCAGUGUUGUUAUAAAUAAACAGAGGAUGAAAUAG